AUGCAGGCUCUAGAAGGGUAUUGUGGAGCAAGUACCUGUGGGAAAGAAUUUGUCACAGCCUUCCUGAAGAACUACUUGCCAAGCCAGCACAAUGUUUCAUUUGAGCUGCUUAUCACUGGAUAUCAACUUGCCACCACUGUCACAGUCACAGUGAACAAGUCUACAUUCCAGAAAAUGGUUUCUGUCAAUGAGAAAGAGACCGUGUCUGUUGUGGUCCCGGCCUCCUCAGAAAUGAGGGGGAGCAAUGUUUUUGAUCAGACUGUGCAGAUCCAAGCUGAUAAAAAUGUCUCUGUCUUUUCUGUCAAUUACAAGGCUGUCACAAGUGCUGCCACAGUUGUGUACCCAGUCCAAGAGCUGGGCACAUUGUAUUACGUGGUAACCCCAGCAGGCAAUCACACACCACACAAUUUCAAAGAAUUUGCAGUUGUAGCCCAUAAAUCUCCCACUCGAGUCAUUAUUCACCUGAAAGGGGCUGUGACAUUCCAAGGGAAGGUUUAUCCUGCAGGAAGCAAGCUUGUUGUUGACCUCAAAGCCUUCCAAGCAAUCCAGCUGCAAAGCUCAGUUGAUUUAUCAGGCACCAAGGUUGAAUCAGUUGCGUCCGUGGCUGUUUUGAGUGGGCACAGCUGCGCCAUGCAAUUCACAACUUGCGACCAUGUUGUUGAGCAGCUCUUGCCUGUUACCAGCUGGGGUACCAACUUCAUAGUUCCCACCCCCCUCUUCCUAACCAAAUUUGACAUUGUGUAUGUCAUUGCUUCCCAAAAUACCUUGAUCAAAUACCAUUCUGGGACCACUCAGGGUUCCCGUCAGGCAAAGGCUGGGCAAGUCAUCCAGUUCAAAAUGCAACCCUCUCAGCCACUUUACUUCACUGCCAAUGCAGGAAUCCAGGUCCUUUUCUUCUAUACUGGUGUCAAAAACCAAAACAUCAUGCAUGAAUCAUUCCUCAUCAAUAUUCCAGCCUUCACCAGCUACUGCACAUCGUAUCGCAUUGGUGGGAUAAGACGGUUUGCAAAUUUUGCUGUGGUCAUAGCCAAAACCUCGGUUUCCAGUGGGAUCAGAUUAGAGAAGAAAGUCCUUACAAACACUGAGUGGAGACCAAUUCCUGGAACAGAGUAUUCUUUUGCUCAGCUCAGUUUGGGCAGAAAUGCUAGUGCAGUCUCUGUAGAGCAUCCCAGUACUCCUUUUGGACUCUUGAUCUUUGGAGUCUCACCCUUCAUUGGCAUUGGUUCCACAGCCCUUUGCUCCUGUGCCAUGCGUGGAAACCUGCCAGUGCAACGAUGGCUACGUCCUCAGCGUUGA